AUGACGACAACAGUCGAUCGCCCGAACCAGUUUUCCUCAUAUGAUCGUACACCCUUUCGAAAUAAUUAUUCAUCAUUUUCUGACAGUUCUGCUGCUCAAACUAGAAGAUUACAAGGUACAUCCACUCUACCUCGACCUGGACAACAUCUUGACGAUGCGGAUCUAUUAACAUGGAAACGUCAAUAUGCUAAUAUCGGACUUCGUGAACAAAAUAUGUUAUCAAAUUCGGCCGAAGAUUUGUCCCAAUUAGAUCGAAUUCCGUUUCAAUAUGGUAUAUAUGGAAAUGAGUAUAAUGAUAUGGAUACAAACAUGGAUGAUGAUGAUGAUCUUCAUUUCGGUAUUGAACAUAAUUAUGAUUAUGAAGCAGUAAUUAAAGACCGUUUAAAAAAAGUAAACGCUGAAUUCGAACAUGAUCAAACACCAGCCGAAUUAAAUCAUCGACAACGUGUUUCAUUUGAUGCCGUUGUGAAAGCUGUGGAUAUCGUUCAUGAUGAUGCAGAGGAGGAUGGAUAUGAAGUACAGAAAGGAUCUAGCGUCACAGACCAAGAAGAAGAUAAAAAUACUGACAGCGAUCUGUAUACAGUUCCAUUGAAUGAUACACAACCGAAAAGUGGACCUAGUUUAUUACAACAACUGAAAGCUAUGCAAUUCCAUGGAGCAUUACCAAUAGAAAGAUUUUCACCAAGAAAUAGUAAAGACGAGACGCAACAAACAUUUGUCCCCUCGAACACCAAAAACGAAAACGAAAACGAAAACGAUGAAAUUGAAGAUCUAACCGAUUCAUCAGCAAAGAAAACAUUAACAACAUUGAAUAAUGAAUCAAAUUCCAACCAAAUGGUAGUAGCAAUCAAUGGUGUAUUUGAUCUUAAAAAUGAAGAUGAUUAUCUUGCCAAAAAAAAUCUCACUAAAGAAGAACAACCGCAGAACAGUAAACAAGUCAAAGUUCCGUCAUCAAAAGUGUCAUUUGAAUCUACAGAAUCAACCACUAAUCUCAAUCAGAACGAGUCGAAAAGAAUACACACUCUAUCACCAAUUAAGAGGCCGAAAUCAUCUGAUAUUACUUCGUCUAAAAAUCGAACUAUUACAGAAUCUAAACCUGGUUCAAGACCAAAAAGUGCUAACAUAACUAAAUCCACGGACAAUUUAUAUCCGAACAAAACGUCAUCGGGUGUGAAUUUCGCCGAAUUAAAUCGAGUUUUCGUUGAAAAGAAAAAACAACAGCAAAAAGAAGAAUUAAGAAGAGAACGUGAGGCAGAAGAAAAACGAGAAAAAGACCGUUUAAAAGCGAAACAAUCGUUUGAGCGAUGGUCAAAAGAUAAAGAUACAGAAAAGAAACGAUUAGAAGAAGAACGUCGUAAAAAACUACAAGAAGAACAAGCUCAAAAAUCAAAAGAAGAUGCAGAAAAAGAGGAGAAGAUAGCGAUAAAUCGCAAAAAAUGGGAGGAAAGAAAGAGACAGCAAACAUUGAGUGAAAAUGAACUAAAAAAAUUACGAGAAGAGGAAGAACUGGAAGAUUUGCGAAAGACAGGAACUGGACACCGUGCAUUUCACAGGUGGUUACGUCAAAAAUACGAACAGUCACUGGAAGAAAAACGUCAACUUCGUUUAGAAGCUCGAAGGCUGCGAAGACGACAAAAAAAAUCAUUGAAACGUUAUCGAUUAGAUCAAGAUUUACAACUGGCUAAAUCGUUUGGAUAUUCUUGA